AUGACACUUCGUCGCAAUGGCGCGCGCAUUCGCAAGGCCCUUGACUUUUGUGACCUUGACAAAUCUAUUCAACAACUACUACGGAACUCACCACCUUUUCGAGUGCUCGGUAUUGACAUUAAUACGAACAGUACCGGUUUUGUUGUAGUCACAGAACGCGGCCGUGUGUGCCGCUGGGGUUACAUCCCCACAGACCAUUUCGCUAGCUCUAACGUGAUGGCUAUCGGCGGUGCAAUCGAUGAUUUUCUUGCAAAGGUUCAAGCUGCUGAGCUUGAGCUCCAGCAACAAGAAAAUGCUCGAUGGAUCGUUGGUAUCGAAGCAUUUAUGCGAAUGUUCCGCUCUGGUCGAUAUCACAAUGCCGGCAUUUUUCAACUGGCACAACUUAAUGGUAUCGUGUCUUUUGCCUGUUGGAAGCGCUUUGGUUCACUUCCACUUCACACACAUCCUUCAGCUGCGCGAAGUUUUCAUGGUUUGUGUACUUCAUCAGUCAAUAGUAAAAGUGGCAGUAUCAAACAUCAAGUCAUGACAUUUUUAAAACAACAAGAACCGGAAUUGACUCAAGCAGCAAGUUGCGAUUCGAAGUCAAGUUGUGUCUUUCCAACGUUUCAGCGAAAUCGGAAUGGCUCAUUAGCUGACUCCGCAUUUGAUAUUGCUGAUGCUUAUGUCAUGGCGUCAUAUACACGUUGUAUGUACUUUAAAACGCUGCUGCAAACGGAACAACCACAACUGUUAGAAACUUUUUCGCAACGAUACCUUGAGCUAACACACAAAGCUGCUACUAAAACGAAGAAUGUUCGCGAGAUCAAGAUUAUAGAGACAAUGAAUGAGAAAGAAAAGCAGGCAUACACACAGGAUUUGUUUGCGUAUGGCCUAGAAAAGUGGUUUAAAGAGCACAAAGCACAACUUUACGCCAGAGAAUGA